AUGAUCAAUAUUGCCAGUGGAAACGUCGCUACUGCAGAUGUCUCUAGAGACAUGAACUGUGCAAAGGACAUUGGAGAACAGAAAUGUAAAACUUUUAUAUCAGAGCAAUUACUUAGUGAAGAACCAGAUCUGUUUGCCACAAUUAAAGCUACCAAACUAAGCACGUUUUCAACAAUGGAUAAGAAGGCAAAGGUGAAAACUAGUAAAGGACAAAUUGUCGAGCUGAAAAACGACUUGAAAUUUAUCUCCAGAUUGCUUGCUGUAGGCAAAGCAAGAGAUGUUGACAUGAAAGAGGUUCUCCCCUACAGUCUUAGGAAAUUCCCGUCCCCAUUAUCAACUGUUGAUGGACAGCUAGUGAAGACACCCAAAGCAAAGUUAUUGCAUAUCCUAGAAGGUUGUGUAGAAGACUCAGCAAUUGAUCAGUUGCCACCUAAUAAUGCCUUAAUACUGGAUGGCAUGGCACUAAUUCAGACGAUUAAACGCAUCCCUGAAACCUUUGGGGCUUUGGUGAAAGUCAUAAUUAAUCGUAUUUUGUCAUCAGCAGCGAGUUCAAAGUCAACAAGGGUUGAUUUCGUGUGUGACACAUAUCCUGAUGUAAGCAUCAAGAACCUGGAAAGGAGUAAGCAUGCGGAAACAGGAUCGAUGAUGAUUAUGAUUCUAGGUCCACAACAGAAAGUGCCCAGACAAUUCAAGAAGUUCCUGUCUCUUGGAAAGAAUAAAGAAGCAUUGAUUGAAUUUAUUUUCCAGCAUAUGAAAGCUGUCGAAGGAUUGUCAACUGCACGCGGAAAUAUGGAACUAUUUGUAAGUCAUGGGAAGCUGUGCCAUCAAGUCAGUACAACCAGCCAAGGUGAAAUUCUGAUCGAAGAAUGCGCUGAACUAUAUGCACGACUACUUCUUCACGCAAAACGCGUCGCUGCAGUUCAUGAUCAUGUUAUCAUACGCAGUCCUGAUACUGAUGUUUUUAUCAUAAUGUUAGGUCAUAAACCAGCAAUACCAGCAGCGAUGUAUUUUGACACUGGAGUUGGAAAUCAGAGAAGAAUUUUAGAUCUAAGUAGAAUACAUGAAACGCUUGGUGCUGAUCUCUGUGAUGCUCUGAUUGGUUUCAUGCAUUUACAGGUACAGGAUGUACUGUACAAUAAUAUUUAUCCUUAUAACUGUUAUCUUAUAACUGAUAACAAGAGGUGUAGGGGUUAUUAAGUGCCAAUAUUGUGUUUAUGGAUUUCUCGUGUCCCGACAGGGCCAUUAGUAACUAUAUGUUUUAAUUGUUAACUCAUUAACGUGCAAGCUGUUACAAUGUUUCUACCCCCCUAACGUCCAAGCAAUAUGGCGAAUACGUGACUGAAUUCAAGAGCUUUCACCAAAAUGGCAAUAUCUCAGAAACAGUUGCAUGAAUAAAUCUGGUCUUUUCAACCAAAUAUUAUUAAUAUAUGAUUGACCAAAUUUAGUUUAAAUGAACUUGCAUACCUAUAUAUAUCAUUAGUUUUUUCAAUGAGAAUUUUUAUUUGUAAACCAGUGACACUAUUUUUUUCAUGUCACUCAUCACCUAAAGGGGCAAUAUCUCCAUAUAUUUAUAUAAAAACCAAAAAAAAAAAAAUUUACUAAAUUAGUACAUAUCUAUAUUAUAACCAAUUUUCAUCUAUUGGGAUAUGAAUUAGAAAAUGAUCAAAAAUUAUAAAAAUACUCCUUUGCUUUUUUGGGCAAGAUGUUUACAACAUGAAAUUUAGAACAGUAACUAAGUGUUAAAAUUCAACAAAGUGUGCAAGCCAAAACACAGUGCUUGUACAUCUUUGGAGUUUUUAAUUACCCCAAAUAUAUUUAAAAGGACAUACGGUACUAGAAUCUAUUUGUUUUCAAUAUAAACCAAGGAUGGGAAGGUGAGAAAAUAGGAAUUUUCUGAGGUGUUUUUAACACAGACAAUGACAGCCGACAUUUUCAAAGGCAAAUUGCGGUGACAAAACCAAAAGUUAUUCACUUCUCUACUCAAAGCACUGAAAAACACCAUAAAGAGAAAAACAUUUUAAACAUACAUCAGGUAAGCCUUUUAGCUCAAUUUUCUCAUGUUUCUGUUUGGAAAGAAACGGUUUUUAGCCAAAAUUAUUUUGCGCGCCAAUGUAGGCUGCUAUAAAAUGUCAGACACGCGUUCUCUUUUGAAGUCUGGCUCUGAAAAACAAUCGCUUUUUUUUAGUUUGAAAUAAGCUUUCAUUAGGACUAAUUGUGUAGAAAUGUUAUCUGUAUGCUCAAAUGAAAAAGAUAACCUAAUAGUCAGGUAUUCAACAUAGCUAUAAAAGGGUGAAAUAAGGACUUUCAUCUUUGGUUGUUUGUCAGACAUGAGAAACCACAUUAGUGCCAUUUUGUCGCGCGUGCUAUUUUAUAAAAUAAACACCUCAAAACCAUAAACUUUUAGUUCAGAAAAUUACAAAGUUUCCCAUAGACAUUAUUAAAAAUGUUCUAGUGAAACGAUUUCAUGAUAAAUAAGCGAGCAAUGGGCCCGAAAGGACGGCUAAAUUAUGUUUUUGUUGGGACUUCAGUUUCAUGGCUUCCCGCAAAGGAAGCCAUUUCAGAGAGAAGCGACAACAACGGCAAACAACCGUCGCGACCAAAUUUUGAUAACUUUUCCUUCUGAUUCAACAUGUAGUUACUAGAAAAUGAGGUUGGAUCAACAUUACUAUCUGCCUUAUCGAUUUAAAGUUUUAUGGGGAUAUAAAACCCAAUACAAAAAGCAUUUUAAAAGCUUUAGAACUCAAGUGCGGACUUUUUGAGAAUUCGCACGCGGCAAGCAAGCGCAUUAAUUCAAUACACUUAUUUCAAACCACAAUAUGUCUGAAACGAGUUGUCAUUUUAAGACUAAAUUGAUGAAAAUAGAUAUAACAGUGAUUUUGGAGUACCCUACUUACUUAGUGUAAUUUAAUACUCGAAGUAUUCUUGCCAAAUAGGGCACGUACGCACACAGUAAUUUAAUCUGGUGUCGUUUGAAACAUACUUUAGCUAAAAUAACAACUUGAACAAGAAGACCAACAAUGGGGUUACGAAAACAGUCGAAAUUGUGCCCAAAUUUGCAUAAACAGUUCGUCUAAAAAGAUAACUUUAAACUAGAUUCAACCAACAUUAAUGCAGUCGAAUUUUGUGAGUGUUUGAUCGCAUAUUUCUACUCAAAAAUACCCUUUAAAAAUCGUAUCUGCUCACUUGUGUUCCGUGUUCAUCUUUCUUGUGAUUUCCGACUUCUAUUUUUAAUAAAGUUUGGAGAAAUCCUCAUCUUUUUGGCUGAAAAUCUCGCGCAUGGUUCACAGAAAAACUUGGCCCCAAAACGUCAAUACAUUCGCUUUCCUUUCAUGCCAAAUUUUCGUUGUAGUUGAUUCAGAAACCUCUUCUUUUCUUGCUUUUAAAACUUGCUGUAAAAUCUUUCUUUGUAACAGAGUCGCCAUUAUUCAUUAUUUUUGGAAAACUAAGAUUUUAAACUUGAAAAACUUUGCGAGUUUCUGACCGAUCUUCUUGCAUGAUACACCGUUGAAAAGCUCGAAUUUCACGUUCUAUUUUCGUAUCCGUUGCUAGGCAACCCGAUAAACACGUGCUCAAAUAUCAUGCCCGCAAGUUAAGGUGUCAUGCCAGGGCGCAUUCGGGCCCAUUGUCUGUUACCCACUUGUCAAUCUCAGGGCGCAUUGGGCGUUAAUGAGUUAACAAGAUGUGGGCAGAUAGGCUUGUUAAACCAUUGACCACCAGUGCUCUACCACUGACGAGUCAAAUCGUCUGGCGUUAGACAGAGUAAAUACUAAAGUAGGGUGCAUGCCCCAAUGAUGCCUGGAAUUUAAACAAGAACACCCAACUAGUCCAAGGCCUUCUUUCACUUCUGCAAUACUUUGAAGGCAAGGCCUCACACCUGUUCUCAGGCUAUUAACAAUGGGGGGGAGGCCUAGCACAAUUUGCAAAUUUGCCCUGAUUUAAACCAUUUUUGCCCGUCUGGUUUACACAAUAUAAUCGCUGUUUUUUGGAUAAUUUAUGGCUUUGGGAUGAAGAAUGAAAAUAUUUUGACUCAUAAAAGGAAAUACAUGCACUAAAAGUUCGAAAGUUUGCUUUCUGAAAUUCAUAAUUUACAUAUUUCGAAUUUUGCUAGGCCUUCCCCGGUGGGUAAACCCCCAACUGAGUCCACACAAGAAGGCCAGGGACUAAGCUGAAGAACACCCAUGCAGCACCACAUGCAAACUUAUGGUUCUGUAAUCUAGGAACCACAUUGGCCAUCAUGUUUUUGGCAACAAAGACAAACAUGCAUAUUACCAAAACCACAGUAAAACCCCUUUUAAAAAUUAGUUGCCAUAUUACAGUAUCCCUAUUCAAUGGUUUGUUGAUUUUCUGUUCAGAUGUUCAUUCUCAAUAAGCUUAAAAAGCGACUUGCCAACACAAGGCCUGCCAAAAGGCCACAAGGCAAAGUCCCUGCCAGAUCCAACAAACGGAAGCUUGAAUUACCAAAACGAAGUAAGUAACUGCAUACUUCUAUAUAUAUGCAGUGAAUCCCUUAGUAGCUAUGAAUUUGUAGAAACAGAGUCGUUUUUGCAUUGCAUAUUAAUAUGAGUAGGGGUACAGUAGAUACCUUCAUAGCUGUUUGCUAUAUAACUAAAGUGGUGGUUCUCCCAAGGUUAUUAGCAAGGUUCAGAUUUAACUUUCACUGCGACUACCGCUACCUUUAAGACAUCAUGAACCAAUCAGAUGCGUUUAUUCCACCCGAUUAACCAAUCAAAUACGUCUUUAGCCAGCGAAAGGUAGCGGUAGUGGAAGCCAAAUCUUAAUACCAUAAUAUUCCAUAUACUCCAAUAUACCAUACCAUAAUUGGUAUUUUGUACAUGGUUUAAAGGUUUAAGUGCUAUACUGGAAGUUGGGGAAAACGUCAAUAAAGACAAUAAUGCAGAUAUCAACUCUGAAGAUAUCAACAAUGAGCCUGAAAAUACAGCCUCAAACUCUGAUACAACAAUUGAUGAAAGACAUUAUGCCUCUCUAAACAAAGAGCAAAGAAAAAGUAAACCAAAUAAAGCAGUAGUAAAUAAAUAUUUGAACGUGAAAUUUGCAUCCAGGAAGGAAUGCCUGCAAGCAACAAGAAAAGAGGACAGACCAAGAUUCAUAAUUGACACCUACCCAUGCUUUAAAGAUCCUUCUGAGGUUUGUACUGUAGUGUCUAUCUGUACUUUUGCACAUGCCAUUAAUCAGAAGUUUCUUAUUUCUGCGGAAUGUGUUUUUUUUUAAACUCCGUGAGUUUUCAACUUUUUCCUUUCAAACUUGGUCAGAUAUUGGAAUUAGUCAAAAUUUAGGCCAAUUUAACACUCAAAAGGUGUUCUGUAACCUUAAUUUGCUCACUGCUUUGCUAUUUUAUAUUAUGUACAGUACAUGUAAGUCCUACGAUAUUGUCCCCUGCUUGGAUAGCAUAUACAAGGUGAUAGUACUUUAUUGGAUAGUGUUAAUAAUUUUUCAAAUAUUUGUUACUUUUUUGAGGUGUUGGAGGAGGUUAGACGUAGUUUGUCGCAGCCAGAGGAGGAAGAUGUUGGACAUUAUCUGAAGACAUCUGUUGAAAAUCUAAAGAUUAAACUAGAUCAUCUUAUAUACUAUGGGAUUUCAAAGAGUGCACUUUGCCCGCCAACGAAUAUUAGUGAUGGUAGAAUAGUGAAAGUACAGUUAGUAGCAGUUAGAAUUAGAUGUCUACCGAGAUAUGUUUAAUUUAAAGUUGUGAUUUAUACUGUAUCCUGUUUACAGUAUGUUCCAUACAGAUGGAUUGGAUAUCAUUGAUUAGUUUUAAGCUUUUGGUCUGCAAUCUCGGAUCAUGUUCAGUACAAAUAAUUGUUAUUGUUACAGUACAUGCAUGCAUGCAUGCAUAUGAGGGCUAUUUGCACACACGAAGAUCCGAGCUUACAGACCAACAGUUUUGAAAAAUUUCUGUUGCUAGUGGUCUAAAAUCUAAUUAUGUUUUCUAAUAUUUUUCUUUCAGAUGGCAAAGGUGAUUCAUUUAAUGAAAGGGUUGAACAACGUCUUCAAGCCAAAAGGAAAACAGUCAACCAAGCAAUUGAAAGCUGAAGAAAUAUUCCAUGUUAUUGAGGUGGGUGUUGCCCUCUGAUCAGGCUGGAAAAUGUCGAGCAGCGCUGCUGCCAGGAAAUUUUUAACAAAAGGGUAAAUUAUCAUGGCGAACAACAUGGCAUACAUGCCAAGAUCCAAAUCUGCAAUGAAAUUCCUGAAAAUGACCAUGCCUAGAUAACUCCUGAUCAAUCAAAACUACAAACUUUCUUGAGUACCCAUAUUUGUUUAGAAUGGUUACUUUUACGGGUGGUAAUUGGAGAGUGUAUUGUGUCUUUUUAUUAGAAAAUGACCAUGCAUCAUCCCCAGUGAAAUGCUAUGUUUUCUUUACUAUUUCCUGAAACUUUCACCAUAGGAUGAGUGUGCAUGGUCUUUUCUUGUAAAAUAUUAUAACUAGACACAUUUCACCCUCCAUGUCGGCUGUGCCAUUUCUAGGCAUUGUCAUUUUCAGAACUUUCACCCCGGAAUCUGGUUUCAAAACAUAUGCAAUGUUGUUUGCCCUGAUAAUUUUAUCCUAAAACAUUUGAGAUUACUUGUCUUAAAUGAAACGCAUAUACGAACUCCUAUAGCUGGGUUUCAAUCAUGUGAGUCACUGACACUUUAGCACUUGGUAGUCGAUCGAGUUCAUUGUUCAUUAUAUGUAUUCGCCUUGUGUUUAGUAGCAAAUGCUGAAAAUUUAACAAAAUUUGCUCGCUUUCACAAGGCAUAAAGCGACAAUAUGUGCAAAGUUGACCACCAUGUGUUUCCCUAUGAAAAAGGCCUAGUGAAACCCACCUACACAGGUCCUGGACUAGAAUGGCAACAAUGUUCAUCUUACUUUCUUUAUUGCAUUUGUUUGAGUAUCAAAGGGGACAUUAUGGUAAACGUGAAAAAUUGUGAUCAUUUACUUUGUUGCAUCAUGGUACAUUUGGCUUACAUUAAUUCUAUUUGUAUCACUGUAGGGCGAUGAAGGACAUUGUGACUGGCAACGAAAGCGAUCAUCUUAUAUACCAGGGCUUGCUGUGUCAUCAAAUGGAGCAGCAUUACUGCUUGGGAGAGAUAUCUUCAUAAUCUUCAGUGCAGAUGAAAUGGUUGAAGCUGUCAUUACACUUAUAGCCAGCUUCUACCUCAUGGAUCUCGAUUAUCCUUCAGGAUUGCUAGUUGGAUUAUCUAUCAUGCAAUGA